UGGCUGCAGCCUGACCGUCGAAGCCACGUCCACGCCAUGGAUAGCUAGUCAAUAACUACAGUAAGACACAUCGGUCAGACGAGCAACCCAUAGAGAUUGCGAACCCAAUUCUUGCGAAUAAUUUGAUUUUAUUCCUCCCCAGCCUUGGCAAAAGCGGCGAUGCAAGCCUAGCCUCCACCAUGUCGACAAACAGCAGCUCCAGCUCCAACUUUCAAGAGCUUCCUGCAGCACAAAUCCAAGCUGCAUCAACACAAUCAGCAAAGAUGGAUUUGGACGGGACAGACUCACCAUGGGGUGACGUCCCAUCAAGCGCAACCGCAUCAAAGCCUUCAGAUGCUUCGGGCUUUGGAGAACAGUUAGAAUCAUCCUCGAAAUCAAAUCAAUCCCUCGAACCCUCUUCGUCACAACCCCUCAAAUCCCCAGCAGGACGCAACCCACGCACACCCCGCAGACCAGGCACGCAACCCGUCCGUCUAGAAGCUCUAGACGACUCUCUAGGACCCUUAGGACCACUUGGGGACAAUGCGCCCGUUCCACAAGUCGACCAACCUCCGGCGCCGCCGCAGAAGGAGCAAGUCGUAACCCACAACAUCAGGCAACCAAUGGCCUCAUCGCAGAGCUCGAUUAGCAGGAGCAUGUUAGAUUCUGUCGAUUUAAGCGAUGACAUUGAGCCUCCUGCUGGCCCGAGAGUGCCACCUCCUGUACAGCCGGCUCAAGCGGCUCCCUCGAGGAGGGAUACGCAGCCUAGCGUUAGCAUUGAGCAAGCUGCGAAGCCGAAUUUCUAUAUCACGGUUGGGGAUCCGCAUAAAGUUGGGGACUUGACUAGCUCGCAUAUUGUAUAUCUUGUGCGGACAAAGACAACCUCCAAAGCUUAUCGUCAACCCGAAUUCGAAGUGACGAGGAGAUACAGAGAUUUUCUAUGGCUUUACAGUUCCCUGCAUGCGAACAAUCCAGGGGUUGUUGUCCCACCGCCUCCCGAGAAACAAGCUGUUGGUCGAUUUGAUACCAAUUUCGUCGAAUCGAGAAGAGCUGCUUUGGAACGGAUGUUGAACAAAACUGCUGCCCAUCCUACACUCCAACAUGAUAGCGAUUUGAAAUUGUUUUUGGAGAGCGAAGCAUUCAAUGUUGAUGUUAAGCACAAGGAGCGGAAAGAGCCUGGCCUCGGGGAGAGUAAGGGUAUGUUCAGUGGGUUAACAAACAUAUCCGUGGGUGGAGGUGGCAAAUUCAUUGAGCAGGAUGAUUGGUUUCACGACCGACGGAUAUACCUCGAUGCACUCGAGAAUCAGCUCAAAGCCCUCCUGAAGGCCAUGGACGUGGUAGUAAGCCAACGCAAAGGCCUUGCUGAAGCGGCUGGCGAAUUUUCCACAUCUCUGCAUCAGCUCUCGGCAGUUGAGCUCUCCCCAUCUCUAGCUGGACCGCUAGAAGGUCUCUCAGAUCUUCAACUUCGUAUCAAGGAGUUGUAUGACCGCCAAGCCCAGCAAGAUGUCCUUACCCUCGGUAUCACAAUCGACGAAUACAUCCGCUUAAUCGGCAGCAUCAAGCAAGCUUUCUCGUCUCGCCAAAAAGCGUUCCAUUCCUGGCAUAACGCUGAACAGGAAAUGCAGAAGAGAAAAUCAACACAAGAGAAGCUUCUGAGGCAAGGAAAGACCCAACAAGAUAGAUUGACACAGAUGCAUGGCGAGGUAGCAGAUGCAGAGAGGAAAGUCCAUCAAGCGAGAUUGCUGUUUGAGGAUAUGGGAAAGUUGAUGAGGAAUGAGCUGGAUAGGUUUGAGAGGGAGAAGGUUGAGGAUUUUAAGAGUGCGGUGGAGACUUUCUUGGAGAGUGCUGUGGAGGCCCAGAAAGAGUUAAUCGAACUCUGGGAAACGUUCCUAAUGCAGCUGGACGCCGAAGAAAACGAAGAUGUCUUCUACAAGCCUCCUGUUGAGCCGGCUGCGAGACCUAUUGCUCAGAGGUCAUCAGAGGAAAGCCAAGGUGCUGCUACGAAUACAGCUGAGGAUGGCGAGGACUAGACCUGAUGACGAAAAAGAGUUUUGGUUUUGAUGAUGAAAAUAGUUCUUGGGUGGGGAUGAA